AGCGCAUGCGCGGACAAUUGAACUUCGGGAAGAGUUCGUACCGUCGCAAUGUUGCUUUUAAUGGAGGGUGGGCUCUCCGAUAUGGACCCCUCAGUUGCUCAGAUAAUGAUCGUGGACAGUCCAUUCCUGUCACUACUUUGUCGCUGUAUCUAAUACUCAGGCGGUCAGCAACCCUCACUAAAACAGACAUUUUGUGGUGGCCGCGGGCCACAGGACGUAGGAGCAGAAUUAAGCCGUUCAGCCCAUUCAAGGAGAUCGUGGCUGAACUGAUAUUAAUUUUCUUUACGCAUUUUUUCAGAAAUACUUCCUCCUCUCUAUUGUAAAUCUCUUUUUUUCUGAGGCUGUGCGCCCUGAGAAAAUGAUAGUGGACUGUCUUCUUCGGGAACCGCAGCAAGAAUGGUUUGAUAGAGUCGGCCUAGCAAGUUAUGAGUUAAAUAGAAUUUGCAGCACAGAAAUCGACCAUUCGGUCCAGCCAAUCUGUGCUGGUUGUUGUAAUAAAUGUCGCUGUAUUUGCUCUUUAAUAACGAGAGAGAUGUGCAGUGGUGUAAAGUACUGAAAAUUCUGAAUGGAUAAGAAAUGGUGUAUUAUUUCCAAGAAUUAAUUAAGCCCACUGUUUUUCUAAGAUGAUAAGAUGGCAACAUUUGAGCCUAUAAAGACCUGCCUUUCAGCAGAAGUGCAUCAUGUGGUUUGCAGUCUUGGAUUGACGGUGUUGAAUAGCCCAGGGCUUGACCGCGUCAUCACUGUAUCUGGAGAAAUUUGCUGGGAGGCUAUUACAUUUUCUCUAUGCACUUUAGAUGCAGAGAAACAUGACUUGGACUACAUAGAAAGUGUGAGAAGUCUGGGACCUGUAUGUAAAACUGCCCAUUUAUACUUACUGUCACUCAGUACACAGCAGUUCAACAAUCAAUAUGGACUGUGGUUUAAAUGGACUAACAACAGAGAGUUGUUUGUUGAAGCAUUUGAAGCCAUCAGGAGUGUACAACCCACCGCUGUGUCCCUCAGCUUGAUGAAGUUAACGGCUUGUCUAGAACGAGCUUUGGGUGAUGUAUUCCUAAUGAUUGGCAAUGAAUGUCCCUUUCUCCUGAGGGAUCUACUGGCUUCACAAGAGCUGGCUGCUGUAUUUGGACAGAGUGUGAUGAACCUGCUGAGAGUGUUCUUGGGAUCACCACGAAGCUUAAAUCUCCGCAACAUCUUGUGGCAUGGAUUUGCAGCUCCUUCAGAAAUCCCUCCUAUGUACACCUCUAUGCUGCUGUUACUAACAGCUGGAUUAGGGCAGAUAUUGAAGGAUUUCCUGGCCCGCAACAAUCUCUCUCUUCUCCAUCGACCUUACUUCCAAUUGACACAGCUGAAGGAGCUUGCUGUCUUCCCUGAUAUUAAUGAGGAGGCUAUUGCUGCUGCAAAGGGUAUUAUUGAGAAAUCUGAUUUUGUCAUGGAAAUCAUGCUGCCUUACUGGAAUGAUGCACUUGAGGCUUAUAAAGAUCAGCGGUAUGCAGACUGUACAAUACUACUUUUACCUCAACUGGAGAUGGGUCUCCGCAAACAUUUUACCAUUGUUAAUAACUGUCCCAACAGGGUGCUGACUGCAGAGUCCACAACACUAUACACGACUUUUGAUGAGAUGCUGGCAAAAUAUCUAGACAACGGUGUUAUAAACCGCCUUCCUUCAACUUUGGGAGAACCUAUAAUGGAAGUUCUCUGGGACCUAUUAAACCACCAGGAGGGUCCUCGGCUCCGGGAUCACCUAAGUCACGGUGAAAUAGACUUGAAGUUGUUUCCCAGAGAAAUGGCUAGUCACGUGGUGGCACUUGCUAUCAUUUUAUUACAUCAUUGUCAUAAAGGGGCAAAUGGAAUUGCUAUGGAAAAUGAGUGUCUGAGAACAAUUGUGUGUUCUACACACUCAUAUUGCUCUCGAUUCCAUCCCGUUGGACGGCUUAAACAACAGCUUCGACGCUGCCUUGAAAGCCUCCAGAAAUGGGGUGAGAUACCAAGACCCACACUGGAACAAGUAUCGGAUAGACCUGGGUCUGAUUGUUUGAAUCCUGCAGCCCAAACUGUUCACCAGUGCCUGAUGGAAGGACUUGUUUCUGCACUAAUAAACCGAUUGAAGAUGGUUUAUGGUGAAGACCUUAAUCCCUUCCAUUAUUUGUUGGCGGAGGCGCAGCUUCAUCUGGUGGCUAAACUGCUGGCCAACCGCAUUGGCACUUUGUUUUGCCCACGUGUUGUUUUGGAAGUGGUGUCGUUGCUGAGAAAAAUUACCUCGCAAUGUCUGACUGUUUCAGAGCAGAUUAUGCAUGGUGCUGUGUCUCGCCACCAACAGUGGCUGAACAAAUCUCUGCGCUCACGACAAAGGCAGAAUUAUCUUCGAAUGCUGGGCAGUGUCCAGUACUUGCACCAUAUUUUCAGUCUACUUACUCUACUUGUAACAGUGGAACUGCUCAAUGCACAGACAAUGACGGAUGAGACUUCUUCUGAAUAUCACCACCACUUGAAGUUUCUGAAGUUGGUGUUGCAAUACACAGAAAAUAUGGUCACAUACACAAGCCCAGACAAAAAUAAAUGGAAUGAGAGCUGGGAUCUGACAGAGAAAAUGUUAUUGAAAGUUAAAAAUUUUUACAACAAAUGAUAUAGCAAGACUGUACAGCUUGAAUACAGUGGGACUAUCUGGUUAUUAUCUAGAAUGACCAAAACGGGAAAUUGUAUUGCAUAUAUUAAAAACAGAACAUAUGUACUCAGAAGAAAUGUGUGGUGAAUUAUAUUUAUUUCCAGGGACAAAAAACUAGAGGUAAAAACAGAACAAAUUUAUGGUAUGCUAACAUUCUGGCACUGUGUUGGAAAAGGCCCUACAAAAUGUCACGGAUCAAGGAAAACCUGAAAGUUUGAGACCUUUGAAAUAUGGAUGCUAAAAUUUAUGAAUAAAAGCACAUAUACAAAUCAGCUGAAAAGCUGUAGCAAUCUCUUCUGGAGGUUAAGGUGAAAGAAAAUGGAACGAGCAGUUGACCUCUGUGUUGGAUGUCAGAGAGGUUGCCAAUGAGCUACAGUAAAUUUGUGAGCAUUGAUCAACUUUGAAUUUCUUGACAGCAGAUCUCCUGGCAGCAGUGGCCACAAGCAGCAGCUGCAACACACACACAUUUUAAGUUUUCUUUCCCUUUGCUACUAGCAAGGUUUUUUAACAGUUCUUUCAGGGUAGGCAUGUGCGUGUCUGUGUGCGCGCAAGAGAGAGAGAAAGAGAACCUUAGUCAAAAAUAACACAACACCAGGUUGUAGCCCAGCAGGUUUAUUUGAAGACAUAAGCUUUUGGAGUCUCACUUCUCCUUCAGGUGUCACGGGUGAACCUUGAGCAGUAAUUAUGCAAAGAAUUAUAAGGGAAGCCAUCUCAAUCAUUCUCAAUCAGUCUGCUGUUGUACACCCUAACCUGAUUACCCUGGUGCCAGUGAAAAAGGUAGCACUGCUGACAGUUAGGGUUGCCUAAUUGAACAAGUAUCAGAAAUUGGACCCAGAACCUCCUGAUCUUUGUGUUUUUUUUGUGCUCGGUUGGGUGAUGCAAGCUCAUCCAGGGAGCCAGUAUUGUCACAUUGUUCACACUACUAACAUUUUUUAGUAGCCCUUCCACCCCUACCAGUGAGCCACCUGCCUUCUCUGGAACUGAGAAAUAAGCAAUUAGGAAACAUGUCUGUGGAUUUGAUGGUGAUUUCCCCGAGUUUGGGGCUUUGACUGUUAUACUGAGAUAUGAAAAAAUCCCAAUAUACCUCAUUUGCCUAUAAAUGCUGACCAGUGAAAACCUGGGACCAAAGAAUUUAAAGUGACUUGGAGACCAACCAUGGGGAUUACACUGGGAAAAUAAAAUCAUUUUUCCAAUGCCAGAAGGAGGAGCUUGCUCAGCAGCAGUCUUUGAGGCUUGUAAGCAUCUCUGAAUGUGCUGAAAGAGGAUCAUCUGAGGUGAACAAAGGAUAGCCUUAUGUAAUUGCAGAGACUUUGCUGUUAACUGCUGCAAUCAGAGGUUGAAAAUGUUUUUGGGAGGAACAAACAGAGACUUGCAAGUGUGAUUCUGUCAAACAGCCCCAUGAAGUGGAGAAUUGUGGCAAUUGAAGCUGAUUAAAGAGUCAACACUGGUGGAGCACCUGAAAUCUACACCCACCUUUGCUCUUCAAAUUGAUGAUAAGCAGGAGGUCUGGUGCAUAAUCGUUAGCUUUGGUGUGAUGUAUUCCUGAACAUAUUGAUUCAGUUUAACUCCCACUUCUUGAACAUAAACAUGCAGAGAAUAUUCUGCAUGUUACAUAGCUACAUGGAAGAAAGAAAUGUUCCUUACAACUGUCUGGUUGAAUUCUGUAUGAUGGCACUUUGGUAAUAGCAUGAUGCAAGCCAGCCUUUGUGCUUUGGUGCAGAGAAUUGCUCCAUCUGCUACUCGGACCAUGCAGGAUUCACAGGGAGCAACUGGCUCACUGUUUCAUGCCAGGUCACAUCCACUGGGAGCUGCAUUAACCUUGGCCUCCUUUAGCGCGUCUGUUUGCAAAGCUGUGUGCAAACAUGGAAUCUGAUCAUGAUGACAUGUUUCACAGAGGUCGACUGUCAGUUGAGAGGAAGGCUGCUGCAGAGAUAUUUGGGUCUCUCCUUAAUGAAUCGUUCAUGGAAGUGGGUGCCCCUGACUGGUUCAGCAUUUAUUGCCCAUCCCUAGCUGCCCUUGAGAAGGUGGCCGUGAAUUUGAACCAAUACAGCACAUUUGGUGUCGGUAGACCCACAAUACCAUUAGAGAGGGAGUUCCAGGUUUUUGACUUAACAACACUAAAGGAAUGGUGAUAUAUUUCAAAGUCAAGAUGACAAGCACCUUGGUGGGGAACUCGCAUGUGGUGAUGUUCUCUUGUAUUGUGUCCUUCUAGAUGUUAGUACUGUUUGGUUUGGAAUGUGCUGUCUAACGAACAGGAAUUAACUGAUUACAGUUUCAAAUGCCUGGCAAAAAAUUGAUUGACUGAUUUCCUCUGUAAUCGAAACAUAAUGUGUGUCCUUGCAUGUACGACAUAUUUUGGAGGCUAAAUGAACGGCUUACCAGAAUGCUAGGAAAGACAACAGAUGUUCUUAUGAUUGUGUUAGAUUGUGAAGAAAAUUGCAUUCUGGAAGAGGACCAUGCUGAAGUUGAACUAUUGAGUGUUUGCAUCCAUUUUCUGAGACUUUGAGAACACUGCCUCAAACCAUGUCCCAUUCCUGUAAUGACCAACCAUCUAAGACACCCGAAGAUAGACUUUGCAUCUAUUUUUUGCCGCCAGAUUUAGAUAUGGCAACGUUUGCUUGGAUCCAAAACCAGAAUGGCUGGAUUUGCGUGCUGCUGAAAUUGAGCAUCUCAUUAAAAUUUCAUGCAAUUAAAAGAAUAUUUCCCAGACUUUCUCCAACAGUGUUAUGUUUUUGUGUAAAGAAUUACUACUCUGACAUUACGUUGUGCAGUUCCUUUUGCUGAUACGUUAAUUGUACGAAGCUGGAUUUAACACAGUGGUUUGUAUCAAAUCUUAACACUUCAUGUCUUGCAUCGGAGAUGAAAUAUCUGUAAUAACUGCUGUGCUGUAAUAAGUACACAACCAGAUUUUAUCAUUAGGAUCAGACCAGCAUGUUUUAAGCUUAAUUGUAGUAGCCGCUGUUAUAAUGUUGCUAUUUUGUUACUUUUAACGCUUGGAUAUGCUAACAGUUCUGUUUCAUUUGAACACAUACAAAAUCAGUGAAAGUUCUUGUGCUGCUAUUCUGUUUCAUUUGAACACAUACAAAAUCAGUGAAAGUUCUUGUGCUGCUAUUCUGUUUCAUUUGAACACAUACAAAAUCAGUGAAAGUUCUUGUGCUGCUAUUCUGUUUCAUUUGAACACAUACAAAAUCAGUGAAAGUUCUUGUGCUGCUAUUCUGUUUCAUUUGAACACAUACAAAAUCAGUGAAAGUUCUUGUGCUGCUAUUCUGUUUCAUUUGAACACAUACAAAAUCAGUGAAAGUUCUUGUGCUGCUAUUCUGUUUCAUUUGAACACAUACAAAAUCAGUGAAAGUUCUUGUGCUGCUAUUCUGUUUCAUUUGAACACAUACAAAAUCAGUGAAAGUUCUUGUGCUGCUAUUCUGUUUCAUUUGAACACAUACAAAAUCAGUGAAAGUUCUUGUGCUGCUAUUCUGUUUCAUUUGAACACAUACAAAAUCAGUGAAAGUUCUUGUGCUGCUAUUCUGUUUCAUUUGAACACAUACAAAAUCAGUGAAAGUUCUUGUGCUGCUAUUCUGUUUCAUUUGAACACAUACAAAAUCAGUGAAAGUUCUUGUGCUGCUAUUCUGUUUCAUUUGGAUACUUUGGCACAGUACUGUUGGUUGUUAUGUACUGGCACUUUCAUUUUAUUACAAAAAAUAAAUGCAUGUACUAACCUGA